UCUCUAACACUACUUUAAAACUUGUACCUAGAACAGCUGUUGCAAAAAUACAUUUUCUAAGCUUAAAAUAUACAAACAAAAAUUUCUUUCUGAAGAAUAAUGUUUUGGUAAUACAAAUACACGGUAUUACUAGUUAGAAACAUAAAUAAUAUUAAGCACAAGAGAUCUGUAAAAGUUAAUAAAUACACUUUCCACAAAGUAAAAGCCACCAAAGAAAGCUAAUAAUGAGUCAUAUGGGUCACAUUGCGGAUGUGCAUCAAUCCCAGGACGCCACGCCGGAUAUGGAAUCCUUUACGGGCUUUGGAAAUUCAGCAGCAGAAGCCUUUAUUCAAAGCCUGGCUGGAAUGGUGAAUCAGGGCGAUGUGGAGACCAUGAUAAGAGCACAAAAGCAAAUGUUGCAGCGCUUCGAGAAAACCAACGAGAUGCUGCUAAACUGCAAUGCCCUGUCCCAGAGUCGCCUGAAAAGUGCCAGCGAGGACUUCAAGCGACAUGUCAAAUGCCUCAACGAUAUGAAAAAAGAUCUCGACUACAUAUUCCGAAAGAUACGGGUCAUCAAGCAGAAGCUACAGCAGCAGUUCCCCGCCAUCUACGCCGAGGUGCAGCCGCAGCGCAGCAGUUUGGCUGAGGAAGCCGAAGAUGAUACGGAAGCCCAGGCCAAAAGAGCAGCAACGACAGCAGUAGCGCCUCCUGCUGCUCCAGCAGCGACGGCGGUGGCCAAGAAGACAACGCCGGCCACCAUUGAGUACGUGCAAAUGGAGGAGGCCGUGGACAAUGGCACUGUGGAGAUAGAAAACGAGCUGAUCAAGCGAGUGUGCUCCGUUGAGACGGCCAAUCCCAACGACUCCUCCGACUGCACAUCCGAGGAUACAGGCUAAACAC